UGUCAAUCCGUUGCCUAGCAACCGAUAACAACGCUUUUUAUAUUUGGAACAGCUUUACAACGCGGAAAAGAUUUAGAGAUAUUUUGCUAGGAAGUACAUUAAUAUCAGUAUUGAGAAUGGAAUGCAAGUGUACGAAGGAGGAGGUGCCGGCCGCGCCCGUGUUACCGGAAUGCGUCUGCCCGAGGGACGACCACGACAUCGUGGAACACGAGGAGCACUGUCUGCAAUAUAGGCACGAGCAAAUGGUUUAUAGAGAUUCCGCGGUAUGUGAGUGCUACGACACAGUGCCGCCAGCGACGGAAGACGAGUGCUCUUGUUGUCGCUGCCCAGUGGACCAGUGCCGCUGCAACAGAGCCGGCAGAGAGGUUUUCGAUGAAUGGCGCAGCAAGCGCGUGAUGGGCGCCAUGCCCGCCGUGCUCGAGGCCACGCAUCCUCUCAUGCAGAAGUUCCAAGAUACAUUAAAGCGGUUCCUCGAAAAGGAAAACCAGAUCGCCGCUGACGAAAUACAACGACUGAAAGACGAACUUAGACAAAGCAAAGAUGCAUACGACAAGGACCUCGAGACAAUCUACAGAGAUGAUCACGAUACCAACGCCCAAAGAGCCCUUAUUGGAGAGUACGAGCAGACGUUGGCGGCGAAGAGAGCGGAACGUUUAGCUUCCGAGGAACGUGUUCGCGUUUCCACUGAGAAAUACAAACAGGCCCGUGAGAAAUUGGACUCGAAUGCCAUACAAGAACGAGAGGCCACAGAGGAGCUUGAAGCUCUGACGACACUCUGCCGACAGCUGGAGGCCUGGAGAGAUGAAACGGAAUCAGAUCUGACUGUCAAUCAGCGAAUGUCAGAGAAAAUGAAGACGGAAAAGAAAGCUCUAGCGGAUGAGAAGAGACAAUUGGAUAUGAUUAUCUACAACUUAAGCAACGAGGUAUGGAAGCUGGAGUCCAAGCUGGAGCUGUUCCAGAAGCAGAUGGAGAUAAAGAAUGCUGAGAUGGAACAAGUUAACGAUAAGGUAACUGCGUACGCGGCCGAGCUGGAGGACUUGGAGUUAGACAAGCGGCGGCUGGUCAGCCUCUGGAACUCGGUUCUUGUCAACAUACAGCAGCGCGACAGGGUGUACGACUCCGUGCGGGAUGACUAUAGAGCGCUGCAAGAUAACUAUCGUACGUUACUUAACAAUCUGGAAAUAUCAAAGAAAGUCGCUAUCGAGGAGAUGAACAGAAGCAAGGAGAUUGCAAUGAACAAGGACAAGAUCAACUACGAUAACGCCGCCGCAACCAAAUACUUGGAGUUUGAGCAGUCGCGCCGAGAUGCCUUGGAGUUGCAGAUAGCCGAGCUCACAGAGUCUAUUCAGAUGACGGAGAGAGAUCAGGAACUUGUGAAAUCGGAGAAUCAAACAAUGAAGAAUAUACUAAGAACUACCGAAAAGGAUUUACAACAUAAAACUGAACUGAAGUUGAAAUUAGAGAAUGAGAUAUUAUCGAAUCUUCAAGAGUGCUUGCUGAAUGAUAAAGCGGUGGAGGCCAUGGCCAACGGCAUUAAAAAGAUGAGGGAAAUGUCUAGGAAACAAGAGAUGACACUAACUGGAAUGGAGAACCAGCACGCUAAGAUCGUGCUGGACAUCGAGGUGCACCGCAGCCGGCAGGCGCACAACAAGCGCGUGCUAGAGGAGUGCAUGGGCAAGGUGGCCGCGAGAGAGAAAGAGAUAGAACAACUGCAGGAGAAGUAUGACCGCAAGUCGCUGUUGCUCACGCGCAAGCAACGGGAUUUGGACAUCAUUAUGAAGAAAUAUUUAGCACUUAAAGAAGCUUUUGAUAUGAAAUCGCCCCAAGAGCGGCGCAUCCAGGAGUUGGAGCAGCAGAUCCGUGAACUCAAGAUUCAAAUCUGUGAGGAGAAGACGAUGCGUAUCCAGGCGGAGUGCGAGCGCAUAGCGGGCGCGCGCGGCCUGCGCACGCUGCGCGGCCGCCUCGAGGUGGCGCAGCGCACGCGCAAGGACGCCACCGAGCGCAACGAGGACGCACAGCGCGCGCACGCCGCGCUCCUGCACGAGUACACUGCUAAUCUGAAGGAUGCAGAAUCAGAAAUAAUCGAGUUAGAGGAGGAUAUAGAGUCUCUUGAACAAGAGAAAAUAAACCUGACGCAGGAGUUGGAUAGAGUUCAGAGAGAGGCUUUGAUCUGCAAGGAGUAUCCACACCUCGGAGAUAAGUUGGAGAUAAUCAGCAAUACGCUGGACAUCUACUCGCCGACACAGUCGCCCAGACUGUCGGAGGACCAAUGUGUUUGUCCGAAUGACCUGGGUAAUAUCGCCGAAAAGCCCUUUGAAUGUCCUUGUCCAAUAUAA